AUGCCCCGCCGGAGCUCCCAAAUGCACCGUUCUUUCUCGUCCCUCUCGCCGCCGACCGCAGCUCUUCUGGCGGAAAGAGCUCUGCUCCUCCUCAAACGCCACCCGUACCACCUGAACUCCCUCGCGCCCGAAUUCACACCCGAAGCAGCUUCCCAUUUGCUCCUCAAAUCUCAGGACGACCAAUCCCUAACCCUAAAAUUCCUCGACUGGGCGCGGCCUCACCAGUUCUUCAACCUCCGCUGCAAGUGCCUGGCCGUCCACAUCCUCACCAGGUUCAAGCUCUACAAAACCGCCCAGACCCUCGCACAGGACAUCGCCGUCACUACCACCGCGGACGACUCCGGCGGCGGAUUCGUGUUCCAGUGCCUCAAGGACACCUACUUCAUCUGCAAUUCCAGCUCCGCGGUGAUCGACCUGGUGGUGAAGUCCUACUCCCAUUUGAAUUUGAUCGAUCAGGCUCUCAACAUUGUGAAUUUAGCCAAGGAGAAUGGGUUUAUGCCGGGUGUUCUGUCUUACAAUGCGAUUUUGGAUUCCUUGAUUAGGUCUAGGAAGCCGUUUAGGUUGGUUGAGGAGGUUUAUAGGGAAAUGGUAGCUAGCAGGGUGUCUUUGAAUGUGUAUAGUUAUAAUAUCUUGAUUAGGGGGUUUUGCAGGGUGGGGAAUUUGGAAAUGGGGUUGAGACUUUUUGAGGAGAUGGAGAAGUAUGGAUGCUUGCCUAAUGUGGUUACCUAUAAUACGGUGAUUGAUACUUAUUGUAAGUUGAAGAGAAUGGAUCAAGCGUUUGGAUUGAUGAGAUCGAUGGCUUCGAAGGGAUUGGAGCCUAAUCUGUUUACUUAUAACAUGGUCGUGAAUGGUUUGUGUAGAGAGGGAAGGAUGAAGGAGACUGAAGAGGUUCUUUUUGAGAUGAAAGAGAAGGGCUUUGUGGCUGAUGAGGUUACUUAUAACACAUUGGUGAAUGGUCACUGCAAGGAAGGUAAUUUUCACCAAGCUCUCGUGCUCCAUGGGGAGAUGAUGAGGAAUGGGUUGUCGCCUAAUGUUAUUACCUACACGUCUUUGAUUAAUAGUAUGUGUCAAUCUGGGAAUCUGAACCGAGCAAAGGAUUUCUUUGAUCAGAUGCAUGUUAGAGGACUUUCUCCCAAUGAGAGAACCUACACAACAAUGAUAAAUGGGUUCUCACAACAGGGGUACAUGAAUGAGGCUCAUCAACUGUUGGAUGAAAUGAAAGCUAAUGGGUUCUCUCCUUCCAUUGUGACGUUCAAUGCUUUGAUAAAUGGAUAUUGUGUUUUGGGGCAGAUGGAGGAUGCCAAGAUGGUGUUUCAUGAAAUGGAAAGGAAAGGUUUUGAGCCAGAUGUAGUCAGUUACAGUACUAUCAUAACUGGAUUUUGCAGAGCUCAAGAGUUGGACAAGGCAUUUCAUAUGAAGAUGGAAAUGGUUGAGAAAGGUGUUGCUCUAGAUGCUAUAACAUACUCAGCAAUCAUUCAGGGUCUUUGUGAACAAAGGAAGUUGAUCGAGGCAUGUGAUCUGUUUCAAGAGAUGCUGAUUAUGAGAGUACCUCCAGAUCAGGUUACUUAUACAACCUUGAUUGAUGCCUUCUGUAAAGAAGGAGAGUUGAACAAGGCCCUUGAAUUGCAUGAUGAAAUGACACGAAAGGGUUUUCUGCCUGAUGCUGUUACCUAUAGUGUACUUAUUAACGGACUAAAUAAACAGGCUCGAACUAGGGAAGCAAAGAGUCUAUUACUCAAGCUUUGCUACGAUAAAGCCAUUCCGGAUGAUGUCAUGUAUGAUGUUCUCAUAGAGAACUGCAGCAACAUGGAAUUCAGGAGUGUGGCAGCUCUUAUAAAGGGGUUUUGUAUAAAGGGCUUGAUGGGAGAAGCAGAUCGAGUUUUUGAAUCAAUGAUUGGAAGAAACCACAAGCCAGAUGAGGCUGUGUUUAACGUCAUAAUACAUGGUCAUUGUAGAUGGGGGAAUGUAAAGAAGGCGUAUAAACUAUACACAGAAAUGAUUCAGUUGGAUUACAUUCCUCAUACCAUGACCAUCAUUAGUCUGGUUAAGGCCCUCUCCAGCGAAGGGAUGAAUGAGCAGUUAAACCUAGUCGUCGGCCACAUAUUGAGGAGCUGCAAGCUUAAUGAUGCAGAGGCUUCUAAAGUACUUGUGCAAAUCAACAACAAUGAAGGGAGUAUGGAUGUCGUUUUCAGUUUGCUUGACAAGAUGGCGAAGGAUGGUCUUCUUCCAAAUAGUGGGGUCUCUCGUCGCUUUCAGUACUGGGUCAGCCAAGGGAACAAAUGGUGCGAUUUCUGCAAAAUCUUCCUCUCCAACAACCCUUCCAGCAUAAGGAACCACGAGCUGGGGCAGCGCCACAAGGACAGCGUCGCGCAGCGGCUGACUACUAUGCGGCAGGAGAAGGUUGCCAAGGAGAAGGCUGUCAAUGAAGCGGCUCGCGCUCUCGAGCAAAUUGAAGCUAAAGCUAAACGUAGCUAUCAAAAGGAUGUGGCAACCUUGAAGGAGGCUGGUGAUGCCCGUGCACUGGAUAUCCUAGGAGAUAGUAAGGAAAAAUGGGACUUCGACAGUACUUCAGGCUACUACUACAAUAACGAUAAUGGUUUGCAUUACGAUCCAAAUUCCGGCUUCUAUUACUCUGAUGCUAUAGGCAAGUGGGUAACAGACCAGGAGGCGUAUGCUGCAGUUAAGGCUUCAGCAAACGGCAAGCACCAGAAGCCUUCAGUCUCGGUGCCAAUUUCUGCGAAACCGAAAACCAGUCCAGUCACAAGUGGCCCGCCACCCGGUCCAGUUGUUUCGGCAUCCCUAAACCCCACGAGAUCUGUCAAAGGCAAAACUUCAGCAGUCACUGUCAACAAGAGAAAGCGAGAAGAAGAUAAAAAACCGAAGGUUUUAUCUCAAGAAGACAAAGCUGCGCUUAGAGCAAGGGAGGCUGCUAAAAAGAGGGUCGAGGAUAGAGAGAAAGGAUUCCAUGGACUCUACGGCGGCAAGCGGUGAUUCGAGCUCUGCCUGACAAUAUCAUCUCAAGAACAUUUAGGGUAUGCAUUCAGUCUUAACUGCCUUGCGUUCUUCUUUGUAAUGCAUCCAUUUCCCUGAUCUUGCAGUCUGUACUUGUACAAAAAUAGAAGAGUUGCGUCACUUGAAUUGAAUCUUCCAACUGUCCAUCGUUUGCUGCAAUGAUCGUGCUUUGAUUGUCUUCUUUUGACAAAUAGCAAGUCCAACGAUAACGGCUUAGAGCGACUUUCUAUAGCAUUGGUGUGAUGAUAUCGAGAAUCUGAAUUCAAUCUUGGUGUAGGCUUCUGAGUUCC